AUGAAGUUAAGUCGCCAUACCAUCCACGACGCAUUCCGUGAGAUGCAAGUGCUUCUCUUGGACGUGGUCAAGCUGAAACAACGCUACAGCCUCCAUCUCGUUGCUGAAGAAGACGGAGGCCGGAGUGAGAGUAUUGAUGCUGAAGACAGUCUGGCAUCGCGAAAGCUUCCAGCGCACCUUACCGCGCUGGAGGAAAGGGCCGUUCAGUUGUUCGACAAGACCAGAAAGUGUCCAAGGCGGCUCCGCUGGGCAUCUUUUGACAAGGAAAGGUUCGAAGAGCUGCUCUCGGCCAUCGCGCUGCUCAACGAGAACAUGACACACUUUCUCAACUCGUAUGAGCGCGAGAAGCACUACAAGAUGCAGGAAGUAACGUUUAUGCAAGUGCUUCAAGUGAGCAAUCGCAUGGACGAGCUUCUUGAACUCGUCAAGACACUCCAGGCGGUGACCGUUGCACCCGAGGGAACGGCCAGCCUGACGGACUCCAUCAAGGACCGUGGAGAAGCGCAACGACAAGGUUAUGAGGCGAGAGCUGUCCGGCUUACCCGGUUCAGAGCCGUGAAUCUCUCGAUCAACGGCACGCGACACGACGACGGUAGCAUUGGCGAGCAACCAUCGACACAGACGUUGGGGGUGUCACUGGCUGACCUCCAACUUUUGCCUGCGUCUGAGCCACAAGCUCCCGGCCAGGAACGGAGGUCAUGUGCAACUCUGAAAGGCGAGCCAGUAUGGAUAGAAUGGCGAUACUACCAUCCCGUUUUCGACGACGAGGAUGACGAAGAAGAAGAAACCGGAAGACCACCGACCACGUUGAUCAUACGGAUCGCGAAAAUGGCAAAACUCUUGUCUGACUCAGAGAAGCCGCCAGAGUUCCAUAUCCCCGAGUGCCUCGGAUAUGUCCAAGAUCCCUGGGAGUGCCGCUUAGGGUUUGUGUUCAAGCUGCAGACGCUGACAGAGCCGGCGGUUCCAACAUCGCUGCGGGACCAACUUAUGACACGCAAGAAGCCGUCACUGACGGUUCGACUUCGAAUCGCGCGCUCGAUUGCCGCAUCCAUCUGGUAUCUUCAUUCAACUGAGUGGCUUCACAAGGGAUUGAGAAGUGACAACAUCCUUUUCACGGCUAUGGCGGAGGGACCCUUGUCGGCUCCGGUGCUGGCGGGAUUUGACUACUCGCGGCCUGCCGGCCUCGACGAAACGACGGAGCGUCCCACAGAAGACCCGUGGCACGAGCUGUAUCGACACCCAAAGACCCAAUUCGACGUGCCGCGCGAGGGCAAGAACGGCUUUCGGAAACUGUACGACAUUUACAGUCUCGGCGUCAUUCUUUUCGAGCUCGGGACCUGGCAGCCAGUCCACGAGGUGCUCGGCAUUGCUGAAGACCAAAGGCCCAAGGCGGCGGUAGUGAAGUCGGUCCAGGAGACGCUCCUUUCCGGGGAUAAACUGGAGUUCCUAGACGCAGAGGCAGGGUCGAUGUUCUCGUCGGCAGUAAAAUUUUGCUUGACGGGUGGAUCAGACGCGGCGGGCGGCGGACGAGCCCCUGAUGAUGCUACCCUGCAGCUCGGCUUCUGGGAGGAGGUUUUGGCACGACUGGAGGAUAUUCAGAUCUGA